ACACACACACACACAAUGCUGUUUAGCAAUAAUAAUGAUGAUGAUUUCGUAGAUAUUUUGGGAAAUGUGUGGCAGAAUGGGAGGAUAGCGGGAUAAGUCCUCGGGUGGAUUAAGCCGGCCCGAGGAGUUUAAUGGUACUUCACUUCAUCGACUCCGAAAGUAUUAAAAGUGAAAUAUGACUUGGACUGGAUUUGAACACAGCACGCGAUGACCUGGGACAAAAUUCACAAGAAAGUCUUACUAAAGAAACGAACUGUCACGAAAGAAGACCCGCCAGCUCCAGCAGCAGACACACAGACCACAUCAACAGUCAAUCCACAGCCACCAGGUUGCAAACAAGUCGAUUUAAAAUGUCCGAAUGAAGCCAGUUUCAGCAAAGCUCUUAUCGAAAACCUCUACUAUCUUGCAUUUAACGCCUCAGAGGCGCUGACUCUUUGCGGUUUCCCUUGGGUAAGAGAUCCCCUGGAGCCUGAGUCGAAGAAAAAAGGUAGCAAAAAGAAAAAGCUAUCGAAAAGAAUGACGAGCAAGAUGACGUCAAGUUAUGAUCAGCCGCCAACAUAUACGCAGCCGACGUCACAUCCGGCUCGGCCGCCGCCACGUUCGGCACAGCCACCGACGCCGCCUACGCCGCUUGGUUCGCAGACGUCGCUAAUAUAUUCGGCAUCCUCGCCGAUAUCAUCGUCUACGAAGCUACCGACAUCGCGACCUUUGCCACGGCGCCAGACGACGGUAGCCCCGGCGAAACUGAAGAAGAAAAAGUCCAAGAAAACGAAAUCGACAGAAGAGACGGGAAAAAAGGGUGAAGUAAAAAAAACAAAGAAAGAAUCAAGCAGUCAAAGCAAAAGAAGAAGGCAUGAACAGUUUUGCUGGG